AUCUACUGCUGACAAAAAGAAUUGACGAAAGAAAUGAAGGUUUUGAUACUGAUCAUCGGUUCUGUAUUGCUGAUUGGUGUGGAAUGCAAAGAUGGAUAUCCUGUGGACAGUAAAGGUUGCAAACUCUCAUGCGUAGCAAAUAAUUAUUGCGACAACCAAUGCAAAAUGAAGAAAGCAUCGGGUGGACAUUGCUACGCAAUGUCGUGUUAUUGCGAGGGACUUCCGGAAAAUGCCAAGGUUUCGGAUAGUGCCACAAAUAUAUGUGGUGGAAAAUAAUGUAACUGUUCUUCCAAGUCGCCGAUGUAAAACAAUGUAAACAAUCCUUACUGCUAAAAAAUAAAAAAUAAUGUUAUUCGAAGCAUA